AUGCAAAGGAAGGCACAUCCAAUACCGCCGCCCCGUGGCAACGGCCUCGAGCGGGAGGCUGUCCAGACUGCCUGGAAGGCGAAGGAGCUUCAGCGCGAGGCUGGCAAAGUCGAGGCCAGGGGUGCAGAGCGCUUGGCCCGGAUCCCAGGCACAUUCACCACAUCAUCACCAUCAGCAUUGUUCUCGUGUUCUGCCUGUAGUUGUUCGCGUUGUUCGAUUUCUUGUUGA